AUAGGGCACUCCAUUCCAUUCCAUUCAGAAAGAAAGAAGGCUGAAGCAGAAUUUAAUUCCCUUUUGGCGGCCGAGAUUCAAUUAUUAUGGCUUCUCUCGAAUCAGCAUUGGCCUUCAUCCACAACUUCAAACGGAGCCUCCCCAACCACCACCACUACGAAGCUUUCUCAAAAGCGCUGAUGGAUUUCGCGGAGGGAAAUUUAGACCGCAAAACUCUCGUUUCAAAGGUCUCCGCCCUCGUUGACGGCCGCCCCGACUUGGCCGCCGCUUUCAACAGCUUCUUGCCGGAGGACUGCCCCAAGAUUCCCGUCGCCGAGAAAGAAAAACCGGCCAGGAAGCGGACGACAUACGACGACGGCGAUUCCGACCGGGAAGUUGGGAGGCGCGCGGUGGAAUUCGUGAACCGGGUUCGAUCCCUCCUCGAGGACGACGUCGUUUACGCCGCUUUCCUCAAAACCCUCUCGGAUCUCAAGGCCCACAAGGACGUGGUGGAGGCGGACAAGAAAAUGUCGAAUCUGUUCCGACGGCACCCGGAGCUGUACGUGGAGUUCACAUGGUUCACGGCCGACUCAUGGCCGGAGAAUCCCCCAUCCGCCGCCGCCGCAGACGACUGGAGCGGAAGGGAGGAGUUGCUGCGGCGGAAGAAGAGGGCGGCGACGAAGACUCCGAAGCGGGACACGAGACUUGACGAUGUGGAAGACGCACUGUACGAGAGCGACAUGCUAUUCCAUUCACUGGAGUCAACAGCGGCGGCGGCCGGAAAGCAAUCGGUGAAUGAAACGGGCAGGGCAGAUCUGGGGAAGUACUAUUCGCCGAUGAACAUGAGGUGUAUCCGGAGAUUGUACGGGGAGGAUGGUGAGCACGUGAUUGAGUCGUUGCAGACAAACCCAGAGGCGGUUUCUCCCGUCAUUUUGCAUCGCUUGAAGGAGAUGGUGGUGCAAACCCGCAUUUGUCGCCAGCAGCUCAGGGCGAAUUGCGCCAACGCACUUAGAAACUUUCACCACACCCCACCAACUCUGCAACCACACUGACACUUGAGCUUUUAGCUCGACGUAAUCUAUGUUGCCAAUUCAACUUGGUUGUGUGUUUUGAUAUUAGAGAAACUUUGGUCACCCGGCCAUUUGUGUACUAACUUCUGGUUUUGUAACUCUUCCACAUUCAAUGACUUGAUUUGGUGCGUUCUUGAAAUUAGAUUUGUCAUCAAACAAUAACUAAAAACUAGAACCAUGCUUUUUUUUUGUUGAACUAGAACGACGCUAUAUAUAUUACUUUAUUUAUCGCAAGAAGUGAUUGAUGAUGGUUGGAAAAUUUAGCACCAACAGAAGCAAGAAAUUAACUAGUAGUCC